GGGUCCAACCCAGUACUAGCAAGGUGUACCUAAUAAAGUGGCCGGUGAGUGUACAUGUCUUUUAUGUAUAAAAUUGUUCUCCGGGUCCCACAGCCAAUCAGUGUACAGCAGUCUGUUCACAUCACAUGUAGUCCCUACUCAGACCGCGUCGGACCAGCUCAGGAGCAGGGACCAAAAAACUAGGUACCAGUACGGAAAAAACAGUUGAAUGGAAACACUCACAAAGCGGGCCGAGUGGAGUUGGCCCAAGUAGAGCCUUUGAAAAAAGGGCCUAAGAUGUAAAGAAACUGAACAUCUUGGCGUUACUAUGGCUGUUUAUGACUAACUACGGGUCUUGUCAGGGAUUUUUGUUGGUCUCUGCAGCCUAUUUGAACUGCUGAGACUUUGCAGACAGAAAUGUAGUCAGUGUCUAGAAACAUGUUCCUUCUGCUGGUUUCUAAUUCUGCUCUAGAUCUGAUCUGCUGCAGUCUGUUUGUCCUGCUGCAGAGGGCGCUGUAAGGUCAUUCAAAAGAUCCUCCUCCCCCCUUCUUCUGCUGCAGAGAGGCUGCUGCAGCUCUCUUCAGUGUCGUCAUGGGAACACUGCUUUCUCUUUCUCCCAGCUCCCGAUCCACUGCAGCUCCUUUGAAGAAGAAGCUUGUGGUAAGGAAGCUGCUGGAGGUUCCUGAUGACAGGGAGGAGGAGAAGAAGAAGAGAUAUUCUGGUCUGAUGCAUGCGCUCCACUGCAAGAAACGACUCAUGGCCCUAGGGUCCAAGAAGAAGGUGGAUCUGCAGGCAUCUUCAGAGGGCCCCAACACAAGGCAGAAGAUCAGACACAGAUCCAUCCAUGUGGCUGGUCCCACCAUCCAGGAGAAGGAGAUGUGCAUCAGGAGGGUGGUGGUUCAGGCCUCCACAGGUGAGCUCCUUCGCUGUCUUUCAGACUUCCUGCGUCAUCGCUGUGUCAAACUGAAGGAGUUUCCAUCCAAUCAGAUCAUCAUCUGGUUUAGAAACGUGGACAGAGCACUGCUGCUGCAGGGCUGGCAGAACCAGUGCUUUAUAAAUCCAUCCAGCCUGGUCUUCAUAUACCUGCUCUGCAGGGACAUGGUGGACGAGAACACAGCCUCGCAGCAGGAACUCCACGCUACCUUCCUUGCCUGCCUCUAUCUGGCCUACUCCUACCUGGGUACCGAGAUCUCAUACCCUACGAAGCCGUUCCUAGUGGAGUCGAGCAGUGAUGUCUUCUGGGAGAGAGCGCUGGAGGUCAUUGAGCAUCUGAGUGCUGACAUGCUGCGUCUCAAUGCUGAGCCAAGCUUCUUCACAGAGGUCUUCCAGGACCUAAAGAGACAAGGAGGACAUAGGGGGAAGGAGACAGUAAAGAAGCAGAGCACAGAAGACAGCAGGAUGGAGAAUCUAGAUCGUUAGGACCCCCUCUGAUAACUGGACUUAACCCGUUGAAGGCUGAAUGUUGUGUAACUGUUGAAUGAAUCUUACCUGUGUAUUUGCAUUUUCAAUGAAACUGUAUAAAAGUCCGUCCGUCCGUCCGUCCGUCGUCUUCCGCUUAUCCAGGACCGGGUCGCGGGGGCAGCAGACUCAGCAGAGACGCCCAGACGUCCCUCUCCCCAGACACCUCCUCCAGCUCCUCCAGGGGGAGCCCAAGGCGUUCCCAGGCCAGCCGAGAGACAUAGUCCCUCCAGCGUGUCCUGGGAUAAAAGUAUUUUAUUUAAAUAGACUACAUGCUGAAAGUUACGUCCACUUUCAGUUCCCAUUGCCUCGAUUAAAAAACAAAUGUGAUUGCUGUUGAUUCUGGACGGUAUUUACUGUUUGAUCAGACUUUGUUGUCAUUCAUCUGCAUCAUCUCUGCAGCUUACCUGUGACUAAAAACUAAUUCUUGCCAGACAGUGUUUUGGAAUACAAGUCUGAUCAAAGUA